AUGGCUCCACCACAAAGGAUCCUCUUUUCCCCGGAGAAGAUUUGCAUGGGCUGGCAGCAAAGGCAGAGAGCUGGAGCAGGCCUCUACAACCUGGGCAAUACGUGCUUCCUCAACUCCGUGCUGCAGUGCCUGACGUACACACCCCCUCUUGCCAACUACCUGCUCUCUCAUGAGCACAGCAGCUCCUGUCGCCAGCAAGGCUUCUGCAUGACGUGCAUCAUGGAAGCGCACGUUAACAAUGCCUGGAACACCUCAGCCAGUGCCAUCCAGCCCAGGGACGUCAUCAGUGCCCUCCCACGAAUAGGAGGACAUUUCAUGCUUGGCAUGCAGGAAGACGCCCACGACUUCUUACGCUGUACUGUCACUGCCAUGCAGAGAGCUUGUCUGGCUGGAAGCAGCGCCUGGGACACCUCUUCUCAAUAUACUACCAUCGUCCAUCAAAUAUUUGGGGGCUUCCUGAGGUCCAGAGUCACGUGCUGCAGCUGCAAAGCAGUUUCCAAUUCCUGCGAGGCCUUCCUGGAUGUGCCUUUGGAUAUCGAAGCAGCCUCAUCUGUCACCGCAGCUCUGGAGAACUUUGUGAAACCUGAGCGGCUGGCUGGUGAAAACAGCUUUCAAUGUAACAGGUGUGACGAGAUGGUUACUGCCCUCAAGAGGUUUACAAUCGAUUGCGCGCCCAGGGUGCUCACGCUGUGCCUGAAACGCUUUGAUUUCUAUGGCAAGAAGAUCGGCAAGUUUGUGCAGUAUCCCCAGUACUUGGAUCUCCGGCCAUACAUGUCUCAGGGAGCUGCAGAACUGCUCCUCUACACCUUAAAUGCUGUCCUGGUGCACAGCGGUGGCAGCUGUCAGGCAGGACACUAUUUCUGCUACACAAAGGCCAGCGAUGGACUGUGGUACCAGAUGGACGAUACGUUGGUGGAUCGUUGCGACAUAAACACGGUUCUCGCGCAGCAAGCCUAUUUACUUUUUUAUGUCAGCCCCUCAGCCAUAGCUGUGGUUACACAGAACCUCGCCAAGGAGCUCAUCCGCAUUGUGCAGGACACCGUCAUAGUGACCAAGCAGUACAAAAAGUUUUUGCAAAUCAUGAUGGCCAAGUUGCGAAAGGAAGCCUGUGGUAGGACGCCCCCCCGCAGUGCCCUCCUCCCCCCCGCCAGGAAAGAGGAGCAGCUCUAA